AUGUCCUCCUCACUACCCGCCUGGGCAGUACAUCAUACCCACCGAAGCAGUUUGUUGAGGGUCAGCGCUGGCAUGCAACGGUCAUCGCAAGCUUCCGCCGGCGGGCCGCAGGGAUGGUUUUCUGUCGAGAACGAUCACUGUCCUCUCAACAACAAUGGACAACUGGGGCUGACGGCUAGAUUUUUAGCUCUCGUGGAAGACGCCUGGAUCAACGGCCAGGCAACGACCGCCAACGUAUCUGACCUCGAAGACUGUGCCAUCGCCGUCGACGCGACCUACUACUUGCAGCUCUGCCUCGAUAGCCCUCCAUCCCGCGAACCUCUCUUGUCCGCGCUUGGGGGGCUUACUGGGCUCGACUACCAUAUUCGCCAAGAUCUCGAACAAUGGAACGCCCACAAGAUCACUCCGCUGUUCAUAUUUGAUGGGCAAACCCUCCAUGGCCAGGAUGAAGUAGCUGCCCUGCGCGGCAAAGCGGCCAACAAGAAGACGGACGAAGCCUGGAACCUCUACGCGAAGGGUGAGGCGGAACAAGCCGUUACUGCAUUUGGGGCCAAUAGCGGUGCAUUCCGAGUUCAGACUCUGUACCCCAUGCUCCAGUCCAUUCUCCAGGAGAAUAAGUUGCACUUCCUAGUUGCACCGUACAAUGCAUCAGCUCAGAUUGCGUACCUGGACAUGAUCGACUCUGACCAAUGCGCCGGUGUCAUGGGCUCGCAAGAGCUGCUUCUGUACCCGAUCAACGACGGCGUCAUUCGCUCUUUCGACUGGGAGAACAAGAAGGUUAAGGCUAUCUUCAAAAAGAGCUUGAUUCGGUCCCUCAAUGUUAACGACACUACGUUCACCGACGCUCUUCUCAUGACUGGCACCUCAUUUCUUUCUACCUACCCCCCGCUUCAGGACACGUCGCAGACGCUUGCGCUGUUGAUGCCACGUCUGAACCGCUGGAUCUCACGCCAAGACGUCAUGUUGAAGGUCUGGUACGACGACAAGCUCUCACAAAAGCUCAACCACGCCGGCGUCCAACCUAACCCGAUAGGACGUGCAGCGACUUGGGACAUUAAAGAAAGCAGCUUCAAGAAGAGCGAGGUUACGGACGCGAAACCAGGAUCCAUUUCAUUUGAAGUGCUUUCACUGCUCUUCCCCGACUUUGCCAAGGAGACCUUCCCCAAGGAGAAACGCAUCAAGGGCAUCAACUCGGCUGAUGAGAUCACCUCGCUCGCUAUUUGGCGCUUUCUACAGCUUAGGGGCUAUGUCGAUAACGCCCAUGGCUUGACAGGUUGGGGAAACGCACUGGCCGUGGCGAUUAUGAGUCUCAAGACCUGGACGAGUCAAAGCCGACCUGGUGGCUUGGAGGGCUACGAGGCUGUUCUGAUGGCCUUUGAGUUGAUCCGGCUUGGCGUUUUGCAUGCGCACACUGGCUACGGAGAAGCCAACGGGAACUCGCAGAAUGGCACCGAUGCGGAAGAGGGCAGCAGCCUCCUCAUCGGUCGCUGCGCUUCUCUACUGAAGCUGCGACACGAAGCCAAUGGAUACACGGGACCACUCAGCAAGCCCCUGCUGUACUUCCGUUCGCUAUCCACGACUGUUCGAGAAGCAGACCGAGACCUCAUCGAAGCUAUCGUUGCCUCAAUACUUCCCUUCCUUCACAGCCCUGAUGUCGCGUUGGGCAUUGCCGUAAAGACCUUCUUGACCGAGGUCUCUACUUCUGACACUCCAGAGGUGCGGCAAGCGAGGCUGAGCGCCUUCCCGGCCAACUUUGUGCCGAAUGCGAUCAACUUCGCAGAGGACCUUGAAAUGAGCCUGGCGUUCUUUGACGCCAUUGGCGCCGGUGUGGAAACGCUGAGCACAGAGCUUUCAGCCGACGACAAGGCGUCUUGGAGGGCAGCCCGAGACUAUCGCGACGCGAGACGGGUCUAA